AUGAAGGGAAUAAUGUUCAACCUAGUCAAAUUUACUGGAUUAUUUUUCAUUAUUGUUCAGUCCACUCUCUUUACUGUUAAGUCAGGUGUCGCCUCAACGUCCACCCUCAUCCCGUCACACAGUGAAACCAGUCAGCAUACUCCGUCUGACCUGACCACUUCCACACCAUACGACGUCGACACCACGACGACAACAAACGGAGUGUUGGAGUCAUCGACGCUUACGGGAAUCAUCGAAACAGCAACCUUGUUUGAAAAAGAAACAGAUAUACUUACAAAAAUUGAUAUGAACACAAUUGCAACCAGAUCGUCUACACCUGCAGUGCAUGUAACGGAUGAUGAUAACUUCGCAUGGCUGUACUCUGAAAGUACCUUGCCACCAAUAGGUGACAAAGCUGUUGUCGGUCAAAUGAAAGCAUUGGUUUAUACAGCAGAAAAUUUCGUACCACUGAAUUGGUCAGAAGAUAUAGCAGAUAGUUCAAGUGCACUUCACAAAAAUUUAGUAUCAGGACUUAUUUUCCAGGUUUCAAGAAGUCUACAACUACAAGAUUCAGAAAUUUCACUGGCUUUUGAUAUUCUCAAUGUCACAUUCAGAAAAGUUCCUAUCCAGCCUAAUUUCACAAAUGUAACACAAGGUGUUAUGGUGACGAUCACACUGGAAUUUGGAUCAUUAAAGGCUUCAAAGUUAAGUGAUGGUGAGAUCACAACUGUUUUGACUGAAGGAUGGAAGAAACUCAAUGUAACCCUUGGAUCAGCUUUAGUUGACAUUCAGUUUUCCUAUACAUUGGAUGCUACAAAGAAUCAUGUAAAUCAAACCUUUUCGACCGAUCCAACUGCAAUUCCCACUCCAGACUUCACCAGUAGAACACAAAAUGAAAGUAAGUACAAUUCAUGUUCUUCAGUGUAUGCAACUAAGAUCAAUAAAAGUUUGCGUGAAGGAUAUCAUCUUCUCAAACAUUAUGUUUAUCAUAUGCUUAAUGAAGAAAGAAAGAACAAAGCCUUCAAUGAUUGUAAAACAAAGAAGCAUUCGAAGGAUGAAGAGAUUUGGAGCUUCUUCUAUCAAAAAGAAGCUGAAUGCAACACUGUCAACUUUAAAAUUAUCAAUAAAAUAAUUCACUUGCAAAAUGUAUCUGCACAUUUACCAAAACAUGAGAUUACUAAAGCCAUUGAAGCAACUACCAUCAUGUCCAUUCGUGUGGCAGCCUCUUUCAAUUUGAAUGAUACUCUACUCACAGCUGUUUUGAAUUCUGGUUACAAUAAAAUUGGUGGCCUAUAUUUAUUGGCACUUGUGAAUAUUGAAGCGCAUCAAUUACAUUCAACAAACAAACCAGUCGGUGAGACUAAAGAGGUAACAACUAAGAGUGUUCCAACAGAAUAUAUUUAUCCAACAGGAAGUUCCAUAAUGACCACAGUGUUUGAAGUGGAUGUUAUCAUUUAUAUUGAGGAGCUGUCAACCCCCAUGCCUUGGACACCCAGUCUGUCGAAUCAGUCGAGUGUAGAGUUCAGGAGCCUGUCAAUAUCGUCUUGUGACCUGGUACUCAGGGGUCUUCAGAUCGGUGAUGAAGAGGUCUCUCGAGGUGCCAGCUGUGUGCAUGUCAGCUUCCUUCGAAUCUUCAUCUGGAUAUAUGUGAGUGGAGGUGGAGGUGGAGUGGAUCGUGUGUCGAUCGACGGUGUGCAAGCCAUGCUGAGUGUGCAGUUCCAUUCACCACGAGCUUCACAGCUGAGUCAAGUGGACAUGACUGACAUACUGGUUCGUGGCUGCAGCAGGCUCAAUAUUACCAGUGGACCGAGUCUGAGAAAUAUCACAGCAUACCGGUCGUCUACAGGAAUUUCAAAGAUGCGAGGUGGUUCCGAGCAGAGUGAGGUCAGUGUCUCGAAGCAGUUCACUCCAUCGUCCUCAACUUCACCGACUAUGUUGACCACAUCGUUCGAGGUGGAUGUCAUCAUCUAUGUUGAGGAGCUGUCAACCCCCAUGCCUUGGACAGUCAAUCUGUUGAAUCAGUCGAGUGCCGAGUUCAGGAGCCUGUCAAUGUCGUCUUGUGACCUGGUACUCAGGGGUCUUCAGAUCGGUGAUGAAGAGGUCUCUCGAGGUGCCAGCUGUGUGCAUGUCAGCUUCCUUCGAAUCUUCAUCUGGAUAUAUGUGAGUGGAGGUGGAGGUGGAGUGGAUCGUGUGUCGAUCGACGGUGUGCAAGCCAUGCUGAGUGUGCAGUUCCAUUCACCACGAGCUUCACAGCUGAGUCAAGUGGACAUGACUGACAUACUGGUUCGUGGUUGCAGCAGGCUCAAUAUUACCAGUGGACCGAGUCUGAGAAAUAUCACAGCAUACCGCUCAUCGACAGGAAUUUCAACGAUGCGAAGCAGCUCUCAUCAGAGUGACGCCGAUGUCUCGAAGCAGGCCACUCCACUCUCCUCAACUGCAUCAACCAUAACUAUGGUGACCACAUCGUUCGAGGUGGAUGUCAUCAUCUAUGUUGAGGAGCUGUCAACCCCCAUGCCUUGGACAGUCAAUCUGUUGAAUCAGUCGAGUGCCGAGUUCAGGAGCCUGUCAAUGUCGUCUUGUGACCUGGUACUCAGGGGUCUUCAGAUCGGUGAUGAAGAGGUCUCUCGAGGUGCCAGCUGUGUGCAUGUCAGCUUCCUUCGAAUCUUCAUCUGGAUAUAUGUGAGUGGAGGUGGAGGUGGAGUGGAUCGUGUGUCGAUCGACGGUGUGCAAGCCAUGCUGAGUGUGCAGUUCCAUUCACCACGAGCUUCACAGCUGAGUCAAGUGGACAUGACUGACAUACUGGUUCGUGGUUGCAGCAGGCUCAAUAUUACCAGUGGACCGAGUCUGAGAAAUAUCACAGCAUACCGCUCAUCGACAGGAAUUUCAACGAUGCGAAGCAGCUCUCAUCAGAGUGACGCCGAUGUCUCGAAGCAGGCCACUCCACUCUCCUCAACUGCAUCAACCAUAACUAUGGUGACCACAUCGUUCGAGGUGGAUGUCAUCAUCUAUGUUGAGGAGCUGUCAACCCCCAUGCCUUGGACAGUCAAUCUGUUGAAUCAGUCGAGUGCCGAGUUCAGGAGCCUGUCAAUGUCGUCUUGUGACCUGGUACUCAGGGGUCUUCAGAUCGGUGAUGAAGAGGUCUCUCGAGGUGCCAGCUGUGUGCAUGUCAGCUUCCUUCGAAUCUUCAUCUGGAUAUAUGUGAGUGGAGGUGGAGGUGGAGUGGAUCGUGUGUCGAUCGACGGUGUGCAAGCCAUGCUGAGUGUGCAGUUCCAUUCACCACGAGCUUCACAGCUGAGUCAAGUGGACAUGACUGACAUACUGGUUCGUGGCUGCAGCAGGCUCAAUAUUACCAGUGGACCGAGUCUGAGAAAUAUCACAGCAUACCGCUCAUCGACAGGAAUUUCAACGAUGCGAAGCAGCUCUCAUCAGAGUGACGCCGAUGUCUCGAAGCAGGCCACUCCACUCUCCUCAACUGCAUCAACCAUAACUAUGGACACAUCGACAGUUGUGGAGACUGAGAGAAGCAGCAUCGAGCAGGAGACAGACACGAGUAUCUCAACACGAUUCACUCGACCAGCUGUAACAACCAAACAGACCACAACGGUGACAGCCACAACCACACCACCAACAACACCAACAACAACAACGAUAGCCACAGCCACAGCCACUGCCACUGCAAAGACGACAACGCCUGUCACGUUUGUCACGCCGACCAUGCUGACUGCGAAUACGACAACCACAGUGACGACAGACAUCACAGACAACACAACGACCACACCGACUACCACAGUGACAACGAUCAUCACGGCUCACUCAUCUACUCCUUCACCCUUCGUCAAUUCGUCACUUAUGACCUCUGAAGAAACUACUGCACUGAUUGUUUCAUUUACUUCACCAAGCUUGACAAAUGUAUCAACUUUUGAAAAUUCCUCUGAUCAGACUUCGAAAUCAGCAUCACUAUCUGAAACACUUUUCGUUAGUAGAGUAUAUACACAGUUCAAAGUAAAUGCUGUCCUCUAUAAUUCAGAAAAUGGAAAACAUACCCCAUGGUCUGAUGACUAUAAUAAUUACUCGUCAGCUGCUUACCUUUAUUUAGCCGCACAGUUUUGUACCACGAUCAGAAGCAGUUUACUAAUUGCAAAUACACCAAUAUUUCAAGGUACUCGUUGUAUAACAGUUAUAUUCAUUCGAAUCAGUUUAUUUAUUCGUUCAAAACGACAAAUUAGUAGUAUAAAUAAUACAAAUAAUGCAGACUAUGGAGUACAAGGUAGUACAUUAGUUGAAUUACAAACUUUACCUGCUUCACAAUUGAGUCAAUCACAGUUUUCUGAAUUCCUAGUUAGUGGUUAUAAUCAAUUAAACAAGACAUCCGGCGCUUUAUUAAACAAUCUUGAAUCAUCACGUUCUUCACCAACUAUAACAUGUGAAAGUGUUCAGUUAGUUUGUGGACAACAUGCAUCAUGUCGUAAUACUGAAAAUGGUAUAGCUUGUACUUGUGAUCCUAUGUGGAAAGAUACAAAUCCGUCUGAUCCUGGAAAGCAUUGUACACGUAAGUUUAUUUAUUAUGAAUUAAAUGAGACAUAA